UCCGACAGGAUGAAUAACUCUAGAGACCGUUUGGAUCAUAUCGGCAUGGACGCAAUGGAGGAACUUAGAAAGCGGUUGCCGCAAAUUAGAACUCCUCUUGGCGGAGAAAAAGUCUACAAAGACGAAUGUGCAUUUUCAUUUGACAACCCUGAAAGCGAAACUGGUCUGUACAUUUGCAUGAAAACAUUCCUGGGGCUAGGGAAACGUUUCAUCGAACCAUAUUUUGCUAAAACUGGCAAUGGUGUCUUUCUUCAUCUUAGGCGUUGGAGAAAAGAGGUUCCUCAAGAUCCUGUAACUUCAGAAAGCAAACCUACAAAAUUGGCCAUUGGCGUAGAAGGGGGUUUCCGAGUGGAUGAAAAGAAGUUUAUAUUUCAAGAGGAAACGGCUGUUGUUUUGCUUCCUAACUCGAAUGUAUUUCCAUACCCUAACCCAGAGCUGCCAGAAGUGGUUCAGCUAUCAGCCAGCAUGAUUUUGACAGCAGAAGAUGCAUGUAAAAUGGAAGAAGCAGCUGCAAUGGCAGGCACAUGGGAAGGAGAGAAGCUUCAAGUUUCCAAACAUGCAGAAAAUCUUCUCCAGCUAAACAAUAGUAAGCGCAUUCCUCCAACAGGCUGGAAAUGUGAAGAGUGUGACCUGACUACAAACCUCUGGCUUAACUUAACAGAUGGUUCUAUUUUGUGUGGACGUCGGUUUUUUGAUGGUACAGGCGGAAAUAACCAUGCAUUAGAACACUAUAAAAAAGUUGCUUAUCCCCUAGCUGUCAAACUAGGGACAAUUACACCAUCUGGUGGUGAUGUUUUCUCCUAUGAUGAGGAUGACAUGGUUGAAGACCCUUACCUUUCAAAACAUCUGAGUCACUUUGGUAUUAACAUUGCAGCUCUUGAAAAGACAGAUAAAACAAUGGUAGAACUUGAAAUUGAUCUUAACCAGCGGAUUGGAGAAUGGGAUGUGAUUCAAGAAGCAGGAAGCAAUCUGACUCCUCUAUAUGGGCCUGGAUAUACAGGCAUGCGCAACCUUGGCAAUAGUUGCUACAUGAACUCAGUCAUGCAAGUUCUUUUCACCAUUCCAGAUUUCAGAAAGAGAUAUGUUGAGAAGGUAGAAGAGAUCUUUUUAAAUUCUCCAGCCAAUCCAACAGCUGACUUCACAGUGCAAAUGGCAAAGCUUGGCUACGGUCUUCUGUCGGGUGAUUACUCCAAGCCUCCAACGGAAAGUGGUGGUGAUUUCAUUCCACCCCCUACAGGCAUCAGACCUCAAAUGUUCAAAAAUCUAGUGGGCCGUGGACAUCCAGAAUUCUCAACAAAGCGCCAGCAAGAUGCUCAAGAAUUUUUGCUGCAUCUGUUGUCCUUAAUAGAGAGAAAUAACAGAGGAGCAGAAAACCCUGCUGACAGUCUGCGAUUCCAAGUAGAAGAACGUGUGCAAUGUGCCCUGUCUGGAAAGGUCAAGUACAAUCACAGAGAGGAUUUUAUUAUGUCUUUACCCAUCCCAUUAGAUUCAGCUGUCAAUAAAGAUGAAGUAGCAGCAUAUGAAGCUAAGAAAGAAGAUUUGGAAUCAAAAGGGCAAAAAAUAGAUCCAAAAGAAUUGGUUCGACCCAGAAUUCCUCUUCAUGAAUGCAUUAAUGCUUUUUCUUCUGCUGAAAUAGUGGAUGAUUUUUACAGCUCUGCUGUGCAAGCCAAAACUCAGGCACACAAAACCACUCGUCUUUCCUCGUUUCCAGACUACCUUAUGGUGCAGCUGAAAAAGUUUACCAUAGGAGAUGACUGGGUUCCUAAGAAGCUUGAUGUUGCAGUUGAUGUGCCUGACAUUUUGGACCUCACUGGUAUACGUGGGAAAGGUAAGCAGCCAAGUGAAGAGGAGCUUCCUUCUGAUAAACCAGAAGAAACAGGGAUAAAAAUUGAUGAAAGUUUAGUGCUUCAACUUGUGGAAAUGGGAUUCCCUUUGGAGGGCUGUCGCAAGGCUGUUUACUACACCAAUAAUGCUGGCAUUGAGCCAGCACUGAACUGGGUCAUGGAGCACUUAGAAGAUUCAGAUUUUGGGAUGCCUUUGUCACUGCCUGGAACACAGAAGGGCAAGUGUUUAGAGUUCAUCCCAAGUGAAGAAGCACUAGCCAUGAUUUCUUCAAUGGGAUUUACACGGGAUCAAGCAAUUAAGGCCCUAAAAGCUACAGACAACAAUGUAGAGAGAGCUGCAGAUUGGAUAUUUAGUCAUGUUGAUGAACUGACCAUACCUGAUGCUGUGCCCAUGGAAACAAGGGAAGAUGGGGCAACAAAUGUCCAGAGCAAGUUCCGAGAUGGCUCAGAACGCUAUCAGCUGGUGGCUUUUAUUUCCCACAUGGGUACCUCUACUAGUGUGGGCCACUAUGUGUGCCAUAUACUGAGGGACAAACGCUGGGUCAUUUAUAAUGAUGAAAAGGUUGCACAGUCUGAAAAUCCUCCACGUGAACUUGGUUAUCUCUACCUAUAUCAGCGCAUUUAAUGGAAAAAAAUUUCUUGAAGUCUGUCUGGGAAGAAGAGCAAGGAAGGCAGUGAUUCAUUUAGUUCUACCUAGGUUUUGGUAUAUUUAACAACUCAUAAGUUGUGUAAUACUUUUAAUGUGUCUGGCCUUGGAGUAAAACCCAAAUGGUGACAGCUAAUCCUUUCAAGCACUGUCUGAAAAAUAGAGUGAAAACUACUAUGCAUAACUGUUGCUUGUAUUUUGUGUGUGUGGAUACCUGUAAGAAAGCCAGGAAUCAUUUAAUAUUUAUAGACUAAAAAUAACUCCGUUUGUUUGAAACAUUGAAACACAUUGAGAAUAGCUGUUUGUUCGAAACAUUAAAGCAUAUUGAGGAUAGCUCAUUUUUCAAUGUUUUAUUGUUUUAUUGAUUGAUCUUUCAGCAAACAAAAUGAAAGAUUUUUUUCCAUGAUAUGUGGUUUUUACUAGUAAGCUCUUCAAGAAAGGUGCUGACACUUUUAUAUAGCUUCACAAUAUUAAUUGUAGAAAGUCAUUAGCAGCUGGAAAAUUUCUCAAAACCUUCUUUGAUAAUAAUAAAUGUGAUUUAUGUAGUGCAUGAUAUUGCUUAUGAAGGAGCAUGCUUUCAGUGCUUGAGAUAAAAAAUGAGACAUGGACAACAUACUAAGGACAGAAGGAUAAACAACUGUGCAGACAAGUAAUAAAAGAUAAACAUAGAAGACGCAAAGAGGAAAUAGAGAACAAACAGUAAUGAUUGAGAAUUUCGUGAAUCAGCAGAGAAAGACAAGCUAGCAGACUAGUCAAUAAAAAAUAAUAAGUAAAAGGAAAGGGUUACUGUAGAUUUUUAGGAGUAAUGUUCAUGGAACAGAUGUUUUCGAGCCCCAUUAAAGGAUUAGAUGGUAGGUAAGGGUGGAUAUGGAAGGGAAGGGAGCAACACUGUUUUGCAGCACGGUGAAAAAUCCUUCUCAGCUUCUAAUGACUUUCUUUAAUAGCUUUAUGAUUUUAAUGAGAACCUCUCAUCUAAGCAAUUUUAGACAACUUAUUACUGCUAUCAAAAUAUGAGACUCAACAAGAAUCAAAUAAAGGAAACAUUUCUGAGAAAGAAAACAUCUAUAUAUUUCCUAAUACCAGUUUGCUUUGAGAUAUUUUCCUUCUGAUUGGACAACAUCACUGUCAAGUAUGACACGUGGGAUUUUUUUUCUGAUGAAAGAAAAUAUUUUUGAAAUAAAUUUUUGUUAAAGGGAACAGAAAUAGUUUUCAAUUGAUUUACAGUUUGCAAAAAUUUUCACUUUACACAUUUACAUCAAAACAGAAUGUUAAGAAGGUCCAUUUACUGUAACUGUUUUUACAUCACUAAUAACAUAUUUGAAAACUCACAAGCCGGUAGGUGUGUUCUUUGACAGCUUGGCUUAAAUUUUGCUAAGAUGUGUGAUAAUUGCUUUCAUUUCAUUUUUUUAUCACAAAAUAAAAUUAGAUAUGUCAUAUAAAAUUAUAUGUCAUAUGUUGUUUGUCAGCAUGUUAACAAAAAAGCCCAGACAAGUAUCUCUAUUUGUAAAAUUUGUUGGUUCAUUUGUAUCUCUCCUUUUGAAUUUGAGAAGUUUCACCCUUAUUUGUGCUUGAAUUAUCAAUAAAAUACUUUCUCAAAG